UCCUUGAUUACAAAAAUCAAUGGUUUGUGAAGUUUUUACCCAUGAAAGAAAAAUAAUAGAUCAUAGCUCAAAGCAUCAUACUCUAUUCCAAAUCAAUAAGCACCAAGUUACAUGGCUGUGCAUAUUUUCCCUCACUUUCUCGCUCUUUCUCCUCCAUUUUCCCUCGGAUUUCCCCGCGCCGCAACUCGUCGCGCUUUGCGGCCACGCAGAGCCUUGCGAGAAUGGCGAGACUACGAGGAGGCAGUCAAGCGGAAGGACCUCGCCGGAGCUCUGAGAUUCCUCAAGUCCCUCGAAACCGAACAACGCCCGUUCGCCGACGUGGAGGGCCCUUCUCCGGUGACCGAGUCGACUCAGUCCCGGUUCCGCGACUUGGAGCUGUUUGGGCCGCAGAGGGAUUGGGAGGUGCUGGACACGUGCUUGAAUGCUGAUGACAUGAAGCUUGUUGGGAACGCUUACAAGUUCCUUAGGGAUAGAGGGUUCUUGCCCAAUUUUGGUAAAUGCAGGAACAUUGUUUUGGAGGGAACUAGGAAAGUAACACCAGAUGUCUUGAGAUCGUCAACUGGUUUGGAAGUGACUAAACUUUCUCCAAAGAAGUGGGGUCUCUCAGACAGCUCAAGUGCUAUUUUGGUUGCUUUUCUUGGCGGGGUAUCCUUUCUAAUUUCACAAGGAAUUGACCUCAGACCCAACCUUGCAAUGAUAUUAGGUCUAGCCAUUGCAGAUUCUAUAUUCCUAGGUGGUACCUGUUUAGCUCAAAUCUCAAGUUACUGGCCACCACAUAGGCGCCGAAUCCUCAUUCAUGAAGCAGGACAUCUCCUGACAGCUUACCUGAUGGGUUGCCCAAUUCGGGGUGUGAUUUUAGAUCCGAUCAUUGCAAUGCAAAUGGGCAUUCAAGGACAGGCAGGGACUCAGUUUUGGGAUGAGAAAGUUGCCAAUGACCUUUCUGAAGGGCGACUUGAUGGUACAGCUUUUGAUAGGUACUGCAUGGUACUUUUUGCUGGCAUUGCAGCUGAAGCGCUUGUUUAUGGUGAGGCAGAGGGGGGAGAAAAUGAUGAAAAUCUAUUUAGAAGCGUCUGUCUACUUCUUGAGCCUCCAUUGUCUGUAGCUGAGAUGUCUAAUCAAGCAAGAUGGUCAGUUUUACAAUCUUAUAAUUUGCUCAAGUGGCAUAGAGAUGCACACCGAGCUGCUGUUAAAGCCUUGGAAAGUGGUGGCAGCCUGAGUGUUGUUAUUAGGAGGAUCGAGGAGACUUUGUAUUCCAAAAAAUGAGCCUCAGAAGUUUAUAUAAAAGAAACAGUUUCUUUUUCCAAGUUGCUUACUGAUGCCUUACCGGUUGCACCUCAUCUCCUACGAUUAAAGAUUAGAAGCAAUCAAAUGAAUAAUUUCUGAUUCAGCUAGUGGCAUUUUAGUUCACUUAGGAGGAUCGUAAAGUUGUGCCUGACAUGAAUGAUACAUUGUGCCAGCAGAGAUGUAGUCAUUGUGAGAAUGGCAGCUUUAGAGUCAUUCUGAGUCAUACAUAAGGUUUUCUGUUAUUUUCACCUGCAUAACAAACUGUGGUUGAAAUCAAUCCUAAGUUUUAGAAAAUAGUUUGUAAAUGAUAGAUACCAGCAAUGAACAGGAAGAAAGAAUGUAUUUUUUUAACAAGAAUGAUGUGAAACUACACUGAAUUCCUGGAUAUUCUAGAGAUCCAGGGCUCUACCAAGUACCUUGUACGUGUUUAAGAUUGGUUUUCCUCCAUCUAUUGUGAGGUUAUUUUUUUGUAUCUAUUUUGGUUGGAAUUUUUCCUAUUGUUAUUUCUUUAA